AGCCUUAGCCAAAAUGCAGUACCUUGCCGCCUACUCUCUUGUGGCGCUGUCGGGCAACGCCCCGUCCAAGAAGGACGUGGAGGCUGUCCUGAAGGCCGCCGGUGUGUCUGUGGACUCUUCCCGCGUGGACGCCGUGUUUGCCGAGUUGGAGGGCAAGAACCUUGAGGAGGUGAUGGCCGAGGGCCGCUCCAAGCUGGUGGGCUCCGGCUCCGCCGCCCCCGCCGCUGGUGGCGCCGCCGCCCCGGCCGCUGGUGGUGCUGCCGCCGCCGCCGACGCGAAGAAGGACGAGCCCGAAGAGGAGGCGGACGACGACAUGGGCUUUGGUCUGUUUGACUAA